GCCAGACUAAACCGAGAAGACAGAGGAGCGAACUGUCCAGCCGACAUUUUGUUUCUCAUCGCAACCAACCGCAACGUCUCUUCGUUGUCGAACUCCUGCUGGCGCUGGCUAUUUCUACGGCCGGAGUGUGCAUGAAUAUUGUGUGAUCCUCAUCCGUAGGAAUCAGCUCCAUCGGUCGUUCGGAAAUUUUCAAGUGUCUCAACAGUCGGAAUUGAACGCAAUAUAACCGUCGGUCGCUGUGGACGUGUCGGCUUGCGGAAGAAGUGAACAAAUUUCUGACGGAAAAGUAGUGCUAAAAGUGCUCAAUUUUUUUCUUCCUGCUGCGUUGGAAGUAGUCUCUCUGGAAAGAAGUGCUAUGUAGUAUCGGAUCGUGGCUCAAGCUAGCACUGAAAAUUUGCACUAGCGUGAACGCGAGCUCAAAGUAAAGCAACCUGAUAUUGGAUCUAUUCGGUUUCUGAACAAAGGAACAAAGAACUAGGUUAAAGUAAUCUAAACAUCAACGAUGGGUACUCGCGAUGAUGAAUAUGAUUAUUUGUUUAAAGUUGUACUGAUUGGCGAUUCAGGUGUAGGAAAAAGUAAUCUACUAUCAAGAUUUACGAGGAACGAGUUCAACUUGGAAUCCAAAUCAACCAUUGGCGUAGAAUUUGCCACCAGAAGUAUAGAGGUCGACGGUAAAACAAUCAAAGCCCAGAUAUGGGACACAGCCGGACAGGAGCGCUAUCGGGCGAUUACUUCGGCAUACUACCGGGGCGCGGUUGGAGCAUUGCUUGUGUACGACAUUGCGAAGCAUCUAACGUACGAGAAUGUGGAACGAUGGCUGCGCGAGUUGCGUGACCAUGCCGAUCAGAACAUUGUGAUCAUGCUUGUCGGCAACAAGAGCGACCUGCGGCACCUUCGCGCGGUGCCAACGGACGAGGCGAAAGGUUUUGCCGAGAGAAACGGCCUCAGCUUCAUAGAAACGUCAGCGCUUGAUUCGACUAAUGUUGAAACUGCAUUCCAGAAUAUACUCACAGAAAUCUAUCGGAUUGUGUCGCAGAAGCAGAUUCGAGAUCCACCGGAAGGCAGCGUAAUUAGACCGAACCUGGAGAACAUCGACGUGAAGCCGACGAACCCAGCCGCCGAUUCGGUGCGAAAACAGUGCUGCCAGUGACCGCUGCAAGCCGAACCAACCCGAUAUACUAUUAGUUCACCUACUGGAGCAACAACAAAAACUAGAACUGCUGCUACAACUUCAUCUAUAACAACUAACACUACUGCUAUUAUUAUUAUUAUUACUAUUGCAGCAGCAAUCUUCGUCAGUAGAAUCAGUAAGGGAACAUUUUACAGUAAUAAUAAUAGUAUCGGUAAUGUGCUUUUGAUUUGAACAAACAACCAAGAUAAUUCAAAUGAAAUGUUAUAACACCUAAUCUAAAACACACAAAAUAAAGUAGUCAAAAUGGGAAAUAAAUUUAAAACAAAACCAGCUAAUCAAAUUACGCAAACUACUAUUACCCCUCCUUACGAAUUGAAUAAUGAAUAACAUUUUGCGGUACUAGAUGUCAAUAUUUCGGAUGAAUUGUCGAACAAAUCCAACACCUUCCUAACUUGUUGUUUGAAAACCACAGAGUGCUAUUUCAAGUUUGCAUGUUUUCUUUCAUAAUUAUGUAUGGUCCCAACACGAAUCAAUCGAGAGAAAAAAGAAGGUUGAAACAAGCCAUUCACGUUCUUUUCACUUCGAAGGACUGGAAAGAAUUGAUGUUCUUGCACUAAAACAAAGCUGUAGUACACUUACAAACACACAUACACCUAGAGUUAUGCUCAUUACAAUCCGAUGGGCUAUAAACAGAUGGGGAAAUAUUUUAUAAUGAGCAAAUGAACUGGACUAAAACACCUUUGCCGAGUGCUCCCUCAGCUAAUACAGUAAUAAUGAAAAAAAAAAGAUAAAAGAAUCCGUAUGAGGCCAGCUAGUAGAAAAUUUCGCUUUAUAGGCAAAUUGCUGAUUGAUGAGAUGAUACAAGCUACGAAAUCAUUUUAUGUUAAAAAAGAUCAAUGCUGACCUAGAUCACGCAACAUAUAUAGGUGAUAUGCUAAGAAGGAAGAACUUUAUUUUGAGGAACAUUAUGAUCAAACGAUGAAAAUAAUAAAAGUUACUUGAAAAAAACAAA